AUGGAAACUCGAGAGGCGCCGUUCAGCUCCAAAUUCGCUACCAACUACACCCCCACGGACGAAGAAGUCGGCCAAAUCAAAGAUAUUCUGUCGGUACCAUUGGCAACUGUCCAGCAACUCGACGAAGAAAAGGCCAGCAUACGACUACAAAUCGAGCGCCUUCAGAAGGAUUAUGAAGCACUUGGCGAAGAAUCUUCCACCAUUCUCUCCAAAUCCCAUGUUGUGGCAUAUCAAGCCCUUCUCGCCCCUAUGCGCCGCCUCCCGCCAGAGGUACUGCAGGAAAUCUUCAUAUUUUCGAUUCCUACGACCUCAUACGCGCUCAUGACGCGACAUGACGCGCCAGUGUCUCUGACGCAAGUCUGUCAGCUCUGGCGACGGGUCGCAAUCGCCACACCCGCCAUCUGGUCCUCAAUCCACAUCCCUGUUCCCUGCCCGUCCGUCCGAUCAUCCUUAAAUGCUGCGAAGGAGGCACUAGAACUGCGUAGACAUGUGGUGCAAGAGUGGCUUCGCCGCAGCCGUACCCAUACACUCCGAAUAUCCAUCUUCGACCCAUAUCCCCGCUACAACGAACUCGAGGAAGCUCGCGGAAAGCUUCUUGACGCCCUUUUCGAGGUCUCGAAGAGAUGGGGCGAGAUCAAGGUGGAGACGACCCCGCAGAUUCUGCAGCGCUUUGCCCAAGAGCUGUCAAGUGAGCACGUCCCUAUUCUGGAGUCAUUUGAGGUGAAAACUUGCCUCACAUCGCGGACGGUCGACGACCCUCUCAUUAUUUGGGGUGAGAGCGAGCUACUUGCUGCUCCGAAGCUCAGGAAAUUCACAACAAACACCAUUUCCGAGUCCGUGCGCGACUUCAAGCUCCCCUUCAAACAGCUCACGCGUCUAGAGCUGGGUCACGGGCUACACCCGGACAAGAUACCCUUCAUUUCUCUGUCGCGACUCGCAUGGAUGCUCAUGCCGAUGGAGAGCCUCGUACAUGGCGCGUUUGUCGUCAGCAAAGCGGCAUUCGAAUUUCCAAAAGAGUCAAUUCACCUUCCAGCGCUCGAGAACCUGGAAAUCGUGGAGCAUGGCAUGGACGUAAACAUGUCGGAGCUAUUUCAACGUCUGUUACUCCGCCGCCUGAAACAUCUCAAGUAUUGUGCCUGUCAAUUAAAUAGGCGUCACUCACUACGCCCGCCACGCCCGCUUCCCCUUCUACUAAACGUAGCGGGAGCAGGGGUGACGUUGCAGAUCCUUGAAGUUAAUGCGAAGAUGUUCUCCUCAAGAGAUUCAAUCCUCGAAUGUCUGCGCUGCGCCCCCAAUCUCCACAGCCUAUCGUUCGUCAAUUCCAUUAAAGGGAAGUUCAUGCUAGUGGACUGUUACUUGAUCGCUUAUUUCGACGAUACGCUCCUCGAUGCGCUGAUUUCUUCGGAGACAACCGAAACCGACUCCCAAUUCCUCCUCCCGAAGCUCAAGAAUUUGUUUAUCGAAAUACCCACCAAUUUCACCCAGAAUGCCAUACGCGAGUUCCUGGGAUUUCGGAGUGGAAAGAUCGAUGGAGUGCCUGUGGCCAAACUCGAACGCUUCUCGGUUGUCUUGGAUAGCAAGCCACCCCAAGACGGAGGCAUAGGAAAGACGAGAGCAUAUCCGAUCGACGAAGGGCUAGAGUUGGAGAUCGAAUAUCGCAGGGUUAACGACGAGCCUUCGACAAUUGAAGCCGUCGUAUUUCGUGCAGACGAAGGGCUGGGGAACGAAACAGCAUAG